CUGAGAUCACAAGACCUUUGCAGAACCAGUCAAACCCACAUGCUACCUGUGCUGCAUUCCUGCCAGGGAGAGAAGCUGGCGGAGUGGAAGAACCAGACAAUUAAGCAAGAGGAUGUUUACCUGGAGCCUCUCCAGCUCCUGGGGAAUGCUCCUCCCUCUCCGCCCACGCCCUACAUAAAGGAGAAGGAAUUGCCUGAGCAAAGAGAAAGGAGCCAUGGAAGGCCGGGGACCGGUGGCAGAGUUGCAGCGCUCCAUCAUCUGCCCUAUCUGCGGGGGUCCCUUCAAGGACCCGGUGCUGCUGGACUGUGACCACAGCUACUGCCGAGCCUGCAUCACGGGCCAGUGGGAGCGGAAGGGGGCGGGGGUGCUGUCCUGCCCCCAGUGCCAGCAGGUCUUUGAGCGGCGCAGCCUGCGCACCCACGUCAAACUGGCCGUGGAGGUCAAGAUCGCCCAGAACCUCAAUGCCAAGACGGCCCAGGAGGCCCUAGUGACCAAGCCCCGCCGGCGGCGAGGUGGCUGGAUCCCGGUGUCAGUCAUGCCAGAGGGGCAGGGAGUCAGGAAAAUCUGCAGAUAGCGAGUGCCCCUUUCUUCUCCUGCAUGGUUUAACGUGACACCAUACCCUCCCCAAACCAUCCACUCUGACCUGAGCCUCUUGGACAAUAUCAGGACCGUCCACCUGGGCCUUGAAGAGCAGCCCUGGCUCCCAGAUGUGCUCCGGAGCCAUGCCCGGCGGCAAGGGUGUCUCCUCCAGCCACAUGCAGCAGAGCUCGGGCGCGGCACAUACAGUGACCCCCUGCGGAUAGGACUCAGCCCUGUGCCCGCAGGGGUCCCCCCUCCGGGGGACAGGGACAAGCUGAAUGUUGAUGGACCAGCCUUGGGGACAGAUGCAGAAAUGUCUUCCCCCUAAUAACAAAAGUGGGACUCACUGGCCCAUCUUAUGGAGCACAGCUAGGAAGAAGUGUCUGGGGCUAACGAUUGGAGCCGGCACCCCAUGUCCUGUUCCCCCUGCCCCGAGCCAGCUGGCCUCCCUGUCCUGGGCCAGAUUGGAUCCUGGGACAAGAUUAGAGCCAAUGCCCCAUAGAGGGGAAAGGUUCCAUGUCCCAUUCCCUGCCCCCCGAGCCAGCCAGCCCCACAACUCUGGGCCAGAUCAGAGCCAUCGAGGGGAAAGGCCCUGUAUCCUAAUCCCCGAACCAGCCAGUCCCCUCCAGCUUGGGGCCAGAUGAGGUCGGCCCGUAUCCCGUUCCCCUACCCCACUGAGUAUUUUCAUGCUGUCUGCUCUCUCGACUCACCAGAGUUUUCCCUGCCGCUCUCCACUGCAGCAGUGUGGUAUUCUUGUGUGGCUGCCCCUGGAUUUUGUAUUUAGUCCAGUGCAGGCCUCUACUGUGAUGAAUUUUUUUUUUUUUUUUAGCACAAGGGGAAAAAAUAAACUUCUCCAGGAAACAUGGGCCAGCCAGUCCUUUGCUCUUUGGUUUUCUUUUGAAGAUAGUGGUGUGCCCCCGAAACCCCUCUAUGCCAGCAGGCAAGAGAAUUUCCUGCACCUGGCACGUGCCAUCUGGCUCACCCAAGAUCUCAUGGGUGGUGUUAAAUGAAAACACAGAUCAUGUAGGUCAUUAAUAGCGGUGUGAGGUAUCGGCACAGAAACUCGCUGAGAUGUUUCCGAUGGCUGCUGCUGAAAAUCUGUCCUGACCGGUAGCCAGGCAGAGCUCACAAACAAGUUUCUGCCAGCCAGUGCCUGCAAACUCACCUCUCUCUGCAGUCAGCCAACACCCUGAGCGCUCCUUUGCCAUACAAAGGCCACAGGGAGAGGUGGCACUGGAGAAUGGACUGGGCGGGAGGUAUCCUGACUAGGGGCCGACAGUGAACUUUGGGGGAUAUUCUGGGAUGCCUACUCCUUUACCAUGUGCCGAGGAAAUAACUGAGCAGUGUGAUUAGCUAUGAAAAAACAGGAUCAUCCCGAAACUUGGGCAAAAGCCCUUUGGGGCAAGGAAAAUGUGGUCAGUUAUGUUACGAUUUCGUUUACUAUGUAGCCAGGCAGGUACUCACUGGCUCUUGGAUCUCACGCAACGGGCUGUUUUCACUAUCAAUAUCCCUCAGUGCCGCGGUACAGAGUCGAGUGCUGGAGUUGAAUCAGACAAGCAGGUGUGUGCGCCAUCCCCAGCCGAAGACAGUGGGCCUGGGAUUGCUGCAAGUCGUUAAGGGCUGCAUGCUGCAGGGGAACAUGGCAACGGGCAUGGAGGGGUCGAGUGCCCCCACAAUUGUCCUGCCAGGGGUGAGGAGGGAGAGAGGCUCUGUCCUCCUCUCCUUGCACCUCUCCCCCGGCACAUUUGGCUGCAUCUCUGGCAGCCCAGCGGGGAACAGGACGGACCCGCUUCUGCCUGAGAGAGCCUGGCUGGGGGUCAGCUAUUGCCCGUUCCCUGCCCUGGCUGGGCUGCUGGGGACAGGGGGGUUUUGUCCAUGUGGCUCUGAGGUUAAACCCCUUUUCUGCAUCAGUGGGGACACAGGACAGCCAGCUAAGCCGUCACGUGUUUGGAGGUUCACAAGCCUUUAUCCCUCCUGCUAGCGGCUUGU